AUGGGUCAAUCGCAUUCCAAGGGCAAUAAUGGCCCUGGCGAUUCUUUGCAAUCGUAUCCAUCCUUUUCUCGCUCUGACACCAAAGAAUCCAUUCGCUCCCUUCGUGGCUCGAUCCGCUCUAAGAUUCGUAGCAGCGACAGUCCCCGCGCCUCCACAUCUGCUCUGUAUCAGACGGAAAGCCAGACCGAUAAGUCGGAUGCUGGCUCGAUCAAAUCCGCGGCAAGUAGGCGCAGCUCUACCAACCUGAGCGCUCCUCAGUCCCCUGCUGCUGACGAUGCCGCUUCAAAAACCGACUCAUUGGAACCUCCUCCAUCGCCGUCCCUGUCGACCAGUCUGCAAAGAGGCCAUAAAGAUGUGAACGCGAUGCAGCAGAGUGGGGAGGUUGACCUCGUGUCAGACGCUCCCCCGACCGGUGUUGCCCCCAAGGGCCCUUCUACACAGAAAGUUGGCGAAUCGAUUCUCAUCAAGAGGGAGAACCAGCUGAACCCGAUUCUGGACUUCAUCAUGAACACCCCGAUGAACAACGAAACAUCCUCAUCGCCGGGAAUGGGAAUGGGUGCUUUGAAGUCGAUCGACCUGGAUGACAUGAUCUCACGACUCCUGGAUGCUGGCUACUCGACCAAGGUUACCAAGACCGUUUGCUUGAAGAAUGCAGAGAUCGUGGCCAUUUGCAGCGCCGCACGGGAACUCUUCCUCUCCCAGCCCGCUCUUCUGGAGCUGUCGGCCCCCGUCAAGAUUGUCGGAGAUGUCCAUGGUCAGUACACCGAUCUCAUUAGGCUGUUCGAGAUGUGUGGGUUCCCCCCGGCCUCAAACUACCUCUUUCUGGGUGACUAUGUGGAUCGUGGAAAGCAGAGCUUGGAAACAAUUCUGCUUUUGCUCUGCUAUAAGCUCAAGUACCCCGAGAACUUCUUCCUCCUGCGUGGCAACCACGAGUGUGCCAACGUCACUCGCGUGUAUGGAUUUUAUGACGAGUGCAAACGGCGUUGCAACAUCAAGACUUGGAAAACAUUCAUCGAUACUUUCAACUGCCUCCCAAUUGCUGCGAUCGUUGCUGGCAAGAUCUUCUGUGUCCAUGGUGGUCUGUCGCCGAGUCUUUCCCAUAUGGAUGACAUCCGAGGUAUCGCCCGCCCGACCGACGUACCGGACUAUGGACUGCUGAACGAUCUUCUGUGGAGUGAUCCAGCAGACAUGGAGGAAGACUGGGAACCGAGCGAGCGUGGUGUCAGCUACUGCUUCGGCAAGCAGGUCAUCAUGAAUUUCCUGCAACGGCAUGACUUUGAUUUGGUGUGUCGAGCGCACAUGGUGGUCGAGGACGGCUAUGAAUUCUAUCAGGACCGUAUUCUGGUUACUGUCUUCUCUGCGCCUAACUAUUGCGGUGAAUUCGAUAACUGGGGAGCCAUCAUGUCUGUUUCAGGUGAACUACUGUGUAGCUUCGAACUCUUGAAACCGUUGGAUUCCACGGCCUUGAAGAACCAUAUUAAGAAGGGCCGGAACAAGCGGAACAGCAUGCUCAGCAGUCCUCCUGCAAUUGUCUCGGCACAAAGCUACUAG